CAGAGUUAAAAACAGGAUUGUGUCAGAGAGUUUCCAGUGGUGACACACAAACAUGUUCCUUUUUUUUGGCUGUACGGACAUCAGUUGUCUCAUUUUACAUUUCUCCCCACACCACCAUUUGAUGGCCCAAUGUUUACUUAUUGUGGAUUGUGGGCAAGGGUACACCCUUAGUUGUCCCCAUAAUGAAGGCCUGUCCUGCCAAACAGGAAAUCUUUGUUAGGAGUCAGUCUUUACCACCAUUGCCAGAGUUGGAAAUUGUUGUGGAACAAAAAACAUGCAGGCAGAAAAAGUUACCUCAAACUGUAGAAUGCAUGCCAAAAAUACAGUUUUUGACCUUGUUUGAUGUAUUUCUGUCUGCCUUUUAGGAUCAUGAUAGCCUACCUUGCUAAGUUCGAUUUUCGAAGUGAAAUACAAACUUAAAAUAUUAUAUCAAAGUUCAAAGGCAAUACAGGACGAUGGCGUACGCCUGUCAGUAGCAUGCCAUGGAAGUUGACAGCAUGUCUCCUAGUAAAGCCGGCCCUCAAAUGUCUGUCUGCCAUGAGAAAUGUCUUGCCAGAGGUCUGAAGCUUAGAACCUUAGCAAAAAUUUAUAUUUUCCUCUGAAAAAUCGGAAAAUAAGCAAACCAGAUGCUGUAUCAUCCUAGUUUAUAUUUCCUUACACAAAAAGUGAGCAGCAUUCAGUUUUUUAUUGAAUUUUUAUUGUGUGUAUGUAAUCAUACUGUAUGUGUUUGUAAGUCCAUGCAGGUAUGAAUGUGUAGCUUGGGUUAAGUAUGUGGCCUGAGUUAUUUUUAAUCACAGACAUAUUCCGUACAGUAUCUGUUGCUAAGACUCCCCUCUUUGACGCCAGCAUGUGCGUGCUGUGUGCUCUGACUGAUAAAACAACAUUAAAUCACUAACACUCCAUUAAAUCAUUUAUCCAUUUUCACUUUAAACUCAAAUGAUGACGUGAAGGUAGUGACACAGACAUUAAACCUGUGUUGACACAGUUAAAAGGUUUUACUGGUAUAUGUAGCCUACCUACUAGUUUUGAACACACUCUGGUUUUUCUAACUCUAAAAUCGCUGUUACCGUGCAACAGCUUUCACAGUGAUCUACAUUACUUAUGGAGAGUGCCGCAAGAGCUGAGCUUGUCUGCAACCACACAGAUGCAUGGGACUGGGUUUAUACCAUGCAGCCUGCCUACAUGUCCAUUAUCUGCCUUCUUGGAGUGAUUGGCAACACAUUUGUGCUUUGUGUGUUCUGUCUCCAGAAGCGGCGCAGCUCUGUGGCUGACAUCUACCUGAGCAACCUGGCAGCAGCUGAUCUCCUCAUGGUUUCUUGCCUGCCGUUCUGGGUAGCAACCAUUAUCAACAAGUUCCACUGGAGUUUUGGGGAGCCCAUGUGCCAGCUUAUCAGCAUUGUCAUUGGGAUGAAUUAUUAUUGCAGUGUGCUGUUCCUUACGCUUGUGAGCGUGGACAGAUACCUGGCCCUUACUAGACCCCUAACCCAGGGGCGGGAGAGACGGGCCUUCUGGGCACGUGGGAUUUGCUUCAGCAUCUGGGUUGCUGGGGUCUUGCUCAGCUUCCCUGCUAUCCUCUUCCGCUCCGUCCAGUUCUUCCCUCAUCUAGGCAUUGAUGCAUGCUACCUAGAAUAUCCGCAUGAAGGCUGGAGACUGCGCUACAACAUGACUGUCAGCACAGUAGGCUUCCUUAUCCCUGUUCCCAUUGUGUCCUUCUGUAGUUACCACAUCACUAAAGCUCUUCGGAGUAGCCAGAAGGUGAGAAAUGGCAGCAGAGGCAGUGUGGAAAGAAAGGCGGCGUACCUUGUUCUCGUUGUUCUGGCUGUGUUCAUUCUCUGCUGGCUGCCCUACCAGGUUCUGAUCUUCUUGGACACCUUGGAUCAUUAUGAAGUCGUCACUGGAUGUACUUGGGCGUACGUGUUGGACAUUGGAAACCAGUUGGCUACCUACCUUGGAUAUAGUAACAGCUCAUUGAAUCCUUUCCUGUACGUGAUUGUGGGGAAGCAGUUUAAGCUGAGGGCAAGGGAAGUGUUUAGGUUAGUGCUGUACAGAAGGAAAAGGCAAAGGGGGAUGUCCGGUCUUUCCAAUGCCAAUAGCAACUCAACUAAACAAACUGAGAGUACUAAAAUCUAAAUCUACCUACACACAAAGACAAAACAGUUGUUAAAUAAAUCAGUUUAUUUUACAUGCAAAUAGUGUAUUUUAUAUAGACUCACACAAUUACUUAUUAACUUAUGGCCACUUAAAGGAAUAGACAUUGACAUUUUGUGAAAAAUGCUUAUUCGCUUUCUUCACGAGAGUUAAAUGAGUUGUGAACACCACUCUCAUGUCUGUAGGUUAAACAUGAAGCUACAGCCAGCAGCUGAUUAGCUUAACUUAGCAUAAAGACUGGAAAGACUGGAAAACAGAGGUUGUGAGGUGACAGAAUUGACCUGCCAGUACCUCUAAACCGCACAAAUGAACAUAUUAUAUCUUGUUUGUUACUAUGUUACUAUGUAGAAAAACCAAAGAAUUGUCUGGCUCAUAACCCCCUUAGAACCAUACUAUGUAGUUAUUUAAAUUUUGGCACAAAUUAAAUAAAUGUGAUAUAACGUGCUGAUUAGUGAUCUUAGAGAUGAUGGUUCCCUGAUUUUGUUACCUUUGACCAGAGUCAGGCUUGCUGUUUCCCCCUGUUUCCAGUCUUUAUGCUAAGCUAAACUAACCAGCUUCAUAUUUACCAUGAAGACAUGAGAGUGGUAUCAAUCUUCUGUAAGUGAUCUUUUGUAAUGAAAAAUCAUUUUAGACUUUCUGUAUUCAGAUUUUUGGAAUGAUAUUUUUGGCAAGAAUUGUAGUGUAGUUUGUCAAUGUUGAACUUGAUGUCAUAUGAUUAUGAUUUUUGUAAACAGUAGUUUCCUUUCAGAGCAGUUCCACUUCUGUUCGCUAAACAAAGGCUAAAGCUUAAUUUGGGGGGCUGCACUUUCUAUUUCUAUAGCAACUGUCAGGAAGCAGACGAUGAAGUUUGUUUUCUUGAGAAACUUCACGUGUUGAAACUGGCUCUUCAACUGAUAACAAAAUAUUUGAAGUGAUGAAUCCAUCAUGUUUGUGUAUUAGCCUGCCACUGUACUGUACUGUAUGUGAAGAGUGAAAUAUAACGUAUAAGCUUCUGCACUAUCCACUAAUAAAAAAUAGAGUGAAUCAUAUAUCAACCACAGCAUUUCAAUUUCAUAAGACAAAGUGUC